AGGGCCGCCUCUCGGUUUCGCGGAGCGACUUGGCCUGCAACGACAGAUCUCAGAGCAGUCCGGUGGCUUGUUCAUUUGGAUCAGCAUCAUCUUUCGCUAUGUGAAAACGAGCAACGAGCCUUCGGUGUCGGUGCUGAAGGAAGUGUUGGAGGCUGCUCUCAACCGAACAGCAGCCUUCGCUGGGAUCAUGGACGACUUUUACAUGUUUGUAUUGAAGAAAUGUAACUGGGACGAUGAAAAGUUUGCUCAUGAUUACCCAAUUGUGUUGGGAGCAAUUUCAAUAUCGCAGCCGCUUUGUGUUGCGGUCUGGGAUGGCAUUUUAUCACCACUCCUUAAUUCCUCGGUCAAAUAUAUGUUGGACGAACUCGUGCCCCUUUUGCUCCGGAUUGCAGUCCCUCGCAUGCCAAUUCGUUUUGUCCAUCAAUCUUUCCGUAGCUUUAUCACGGACCAAGCUGGUUCGCUACCGUCCGGCCUUCGUCAUUACGCGGUGGACGCGUGGGAUGCGUGUGCCAAUAUGGCCAUGCGGUGCAUCGGAAUUUUGAGGGAGGGUCUUGGGUUGAUUAGAGAUCUGUGGAGAGAAAUCGAACUGCCGCGCAUCCCUUCUGAGACGCUAUCCGAGCACUUCCGUUGCGCAGUUGUCACAUCGUUUAUCAUCUCGAUCGAGUUCAGGAGCCGUCAGAGACCCUCCGGGGGUUGGUUCGCGCGUUUCUCGAUCAUCACAUAAUUCAAUGGGUGGAAGUUUGUUUGAGAUCUGGGCGGUACAUCAGCAUAUCGUCACUCCCCGAGUGGGCGAAGGUAUGAAUCAUCAUAUAGCAUUCACGA